AUGUACCUCAACCCCCAAGCCCUCAUCUGCCUCCCCCUCCUCCUCUCAACUGCUAUAGCAUUCCCCCAACAAACCGGCACAGUGACAGCAUACAAAGCCCCAGCGAUGAUAACACCAGCCGCAAGACUCCGCUGCUCAGGCGGCCAAAUCGAAAUCUACACAACCGAUUGCACACGUGGAACACCAGUAUCCUACUGCUCCAAGCCAGAGCCCCCAGUCAAAUGCCCACAGGGCUUCUUCCCAUCAGCCUGGCAUCCAGACCACUGCAUGCAACGCUCAACCUGUUUCCCGCUUGAUGCGGCAUGGAUCACGACUGAGUGUUCGAAUGGUGCGCUUGCUUAUGAUACUUCGACUCUUUAUGAAGGGACGCUUGCGGGUGGGCGGUCGACUGUCAUUAGUACUGUCUCCUGUUCCUGUGCCGAGGAUCAAUGGUACAGUAUGACCCUCCUCGAGGACUCAGCAACCUACGAUAUCUUCUGCAUGCCUUCCAGCUAUUGUCCACCUGGCAUGACGACUUCGGUUUCGUUUAAUGAUUACUGUGUUACUGCGCCUGCGAGUAUUUGCUCGGAUGUUUCCAUGGAAACAAAUCUCUGUCAAUGUGCUUAUGCGGGGCAGACGCCUGUUUAUCCUGAGUAUCCUGGCGCUGUUCCUACUGGGUGUGAGUUUUGA